GACAGCCAGCGCGCCGACGUUCAAACGUCCAUGGUGGCUAUUGGCGCCUUCGUACUGUCAGCGCUCAUCAUAUUCGGGAAUUCAACGACACUGCUGGCCAUGAAGCGAACUCGGUCGCUACAGACGAAAGCCAACGCUUUCGUCGCCUCCCUGGCAGGGGCGGACCUCAUGAUAGGGUUUCUGCUGAUUCCUUACGGAUUUUGGCUCAUCCCACACAACCACAAUGGCGUCUUUCAAACCAUUUCGUUUUGCGUUUUAAUGAUGUCGUCUGGCUCCUCCGCCAUUGUGAUAAGCAUCCUCAGCCUGCUGCUGGUGGCCAUAGACCGUCUCGUUUUUAUCAGCUUUCCAUUUUUCUAUCAACGCGUGGUGACUAAUGUCGUCAUAGGAGCGAGCAUCGCUUUCCCUUGGACGGUUGGUUUGUGUUUCGGGAAUAUCCAAUGGUUCAUCUACGCACCGAAAACAAAUCCACCACGCUGCAUGGCCAACAAGAUUCUCCCAUCUGUAUAUUUCAAAUAUGCCUCAGGAUUGUUUUUCUUCAUACCGUGUGUCGCCAUUUUUGUAAUCUACAUUAAAAUCGCAAUGAUUGCCCGGAAGCAGAGAAUAGCCAUCAAAAAGUUCAACAUGGUCCAACCGUUUAGCGUCAAUACUGUCCAACCGUUUAGCGUCCACACGGUCCAAUCGUUAAACGUUAACUUGAGCGACAAAACACCCAAAAUAAGCCCCAAACAUUGGAAGGCCACCAAAAUGAUGAUGACUGUUUUUGGCACUUUCUCCAUCUGCUGGACGCCUCGGUUUAUCCUCCACACUCUUCCUGACGAUGUGUUUGACACUCGAGUACCGGUUAUGCUGUACAACCUGAGCCUCAUACUCGGACUGCUCAACUCUGGACUCAACUUUCUCGUCUAUCCGCUCCACAACGUCGAGUUUCGCAGGGCGUUUCGGCAGAUUUUCUGU